CGUCAGUUCAUUGACAGUGUGAAAAAAGCUCUUGUUCCACAUGGUACCAGCAAGCAGCUGACAGAAGCAGCGGCCAUGACUUGUGUUAAGCUGUGUAAAUGUUCUACAUACAUUAACAUUCUUGAUAGCAACAAUGUUGUUUUUGCUUUAGUACAGUCAGUUAUCAAUGACCUCAAGUUUCUUCUUUUCAACCCAAGUAAGCCAUUUUCUCGUAGCCAGUCAUCUUUAAAUCAAGAUAUAGACCUGAUGAUUGACUGCUUUGUCUCCUGUUUCCGUAUCAAUCCUCAUAACAAUGAAGCAUUGAAGGUGUGUUUGAACCCCAAUUCUCCUUCAACGUACCACUUUGUUCUUGUGAGUUCACUGUACCGUAUCAUAACACAGCCCCGUCUCACCUGGUGGCCAAAGAUUGACAUAGUUUAUAACAAAGCCCCUGAUUUACGCUGUAUGUUCAAUGAUACAGUCACCAAAGUUACUCAGGGAUGCAUCAGCCAAAACCCUCUACGAAUGAUUCAGGUUGGUACUUUUAUUCACACUCUUUCAAGUAUGCUUUGGUUGGUAUUGUAA